GAGAAGAAGAGCGGUGAUUGGCUGAGGGCGGUACCCAUCAGUCGGUAAAUAAGACGCCGGUUUGGAAGUUUGAACACAGAGAAGCAGUCGCAGCCGCGGCGGAAUAACGCGUUUUAACGGAUAUUUAAGAGGAAAUAAAGCAGGUAGAAACAGAACUAAGGUGGCGGGAGGCUCGGGUCCGUCAGCUGGAGGCUUUGGGAACAUGGUGGAACAUACGCAGCAUGGCGGGUCCCGGGAGGCGGCCUCACCGUGCAGCUCCGCACCGCUACAGACGGCCUCACCGUGCAGCUCCGCACCGCUACAGACGGCCUCAGCGUGCAGCUCCGCACCGCAGAAACCAGACCGCUGGAAGACCGCCACGGGACACAUCAAGAGGCCGAUGAACGCCUUCAUGGUGUGGUCCAAGAUCGAGAGGAGGAAGAUCAUGGACCAGUCCCCGGACUUGCACAACGCGGAGAUUUCCAAGCGGCUCGGGAAGCGCUGGAAGCUGCUCAGAGACUCGGAGAAGAUCCCGUUCAUCCGGGAGGCGGAGCGGCUCCGGCUACAGCACAUGGCCCAACAUCCGGACUACAAGUACCGGCCCAGGAAGAAGGCCCGGACCGAGGGCUGUACUGGAGUCUCUUCCCCGGAGAAAACCUCCGCCGUGAGACCCACCUCCGCCGUGAGACCCAUCCCCGUCGUGAGACCCACCCCCGUCUCCACCGUGAGACCCACCUCCACCGUGAGACCCACCCCCACGGUGAGACCCACUUCCACAGAUAAGAAGUUCUCCCGGUUGAAGCCCAGCAGCACCAGGAGGCCGGGUCAGGUCCCGGUGCAGCAGGACCCCCGGUACCGCUACGUGCUGACCAGCAGCUUCACGGCCACUAAGCUCGUUAAACGGGAGUUCACCGACUCCGAGGAAGAGGAGGAAGAUGAGGAGGACGAAGAGGAGAUAAAGAGUGAAGAAGAGGAGGAGAGGCUCUUCUACAGCUUCAAGAAUAUCACCCGGCAGCAGAGCUCUGUCCCCCGGCAGCAGAGCUCUGUCCCCCGGCAGCAGAGCUCCAGCAGCCCGGCCUCCUCCUCCAGCGCCGGGGAGGAGGAACUCCACCUCAGGAACCUGGACGACCUCCACGCCUCCUCCUCCUCUGAUCCGUGGCCACCGUCGGGAGGAUCGCCCCCCGUCGGGACCCUCAGUCUCUCUCUGGUGGAUCCGGACCAGGACUCUGAGGGCAGCCUCGGCUCUCACUUCGACUUCCCGGACUACUGCGACCCCGAACUCAUCAGCUACUUCCCCGACCUGGUGUUCUCCUACUGACACACACACACACACUUAGACACACACACACUUAGACACACACACUUAGACACACACACACACUUAGACAUACACACACACACACACUUAGACACACACACACUUAGACACACACACACUU